AUGUCUCGCUUCAGUAACAACCUAAUCGGAAUCCUCAAUUUCCUAACCCUACUCCUCUCAAUCCCCAUCCUAGUCAUGGGAAUCUGGCUCCACAAACAAUCCACCACCGAAUGCGAACGAUUUCUGGAAAAACCCAUAAUUGCCCUCGGUGUUUUCCUCAUGGUGGUUUCUCUCAUGGGUUUAAUCGGUGCUUGUUGCAGAGUCUCAUGGCUUCUAUGGUUCUACCUUCUCGUGAUGUUCUUGCUUAUCGUUCUUCUUUUCGCUUUCACGAUUUUUGCGUUUGUUGUUACUAACAAAGGGGCGGGUGAAGCUUUGUCGAAUCGGGGGUAUAAGGAGUAUAGGCUUGGGGAUUAUUCGAAUUGGUUGCAGAAUAAGGUUACGAAUGGGAAUACUUGGGAGAGGAUUAGGAGUUGUUUGGAAUCGGGAAAGCUUUGCUCUGAGUUUCAUUUGAAGUUUUUGAAUGAUAAUGUUGAGAAAUUUCAUACUGAGCAAUUGUCUGCUCUUCAGUCUGGAUGUUGUAAGCCUUCAGAGGACUGUGGUUUUGUUUAUGUGAGCCCAACAAACUGGACGCCCGGAAAUGUUAAUUCUACAAACCCUGACUGUAAAGUUUGGAACAACGAUCCAAAGAUUCUGUGUUUCGAUUGCCAAUCUUGCAAGGCUGGGUUACUGCAAAACCUCAAGACUGAUUGGAAGAAGGUGGCUGUUGUCAACAUCAUAUUCUUGAUUUUCCUGGUUAUUGUAUACUCCAUCGGCUGCUGUGCAUUCAGGAAUAACAGGAAGGACAAUUGGAAGAGAUAUUAG